AUGGCGGUGGGUUGCUUCAACCCCGUGCUCUCGCCGCUCGUUCCUUCGCCGCCGGGUAGGCGCCUCCGAGCGGCGCUGCGGUCUCAGUCUCACCCGCCGACCGCGGUCUCCCUCCGUCUGCUCGCGUGCGGCGCGGCAGCUGGUCGUGGCACGCGGCGGCUCGCCGCGGCGGCAGAGUCGCAGUCCGUGCAGGAGCAGCCGGCGCGGACGGAAGAGUCCGGUGAGGCCGGCGGGGCUGGUGCCGCCGAGGCGUCCUCCAAGCUGGUUCUGGUCGUUGGCGGAACCGGCGGGGUUGGUGAGAUACCAAUAUCCCUGCUCUCCGUUCUAGCAUUCUUUAGCAUUUUGUGA